AUGCAUUGCGUAGCUGUCUUCCUCUCCACUGUAGCAGUAUUAGCCUACGGCCAAGUGCAGAACUCCGGCUAUGAGAACGCCGAGCAAGUUCAGCCUGCACCAGCCCCAAUGAGCGCUGAUGGUGGAGAUCAACAAGCCUACAACUCUGAUGCUGCUGCCCCAGUAGCUCCCGCUUCUCCUCCACCACCUCCUCCCCCACCGCCACCAUCACCACCCGCACCCGUCCGAGGCAGCUACGCAUCUCCACCUCCACCUUCGUACCCUACUAUGCAAAGCAGUUACGGAACUUCCCCUUUCCCAACACCUCUUCCUCUUAACACUGACGGACCUACAAGUGAUACUCCAGCAUUAGCUGGCAACGGCAUCGGAUACAGAAAAUACCGUGUUUUCCGUCAUCGUCUUCGCAGUGCUCGUCACUGA